AAUCGGAAGUAGAAUUAUGUAUAAGUGAGACAUUUCAAGUUGCGAGAAAUCAGUUGUCUAUGGAUUAGUUGACUAAAUAUAUUCUCUCCUCUGUUUAAAGCAUAUCUAUACACAUUAUAUAGUAUAUAUAUCUGUGUGUAUAUGUGUAUGUAUGUCUUUCUACCUCUGCGCCAUUCAUAACAGUUUAUUAAUUGUUACUUUAUCGUCUCAAGUUUAAGCAAAUCCAAACAAACAACCUGACCGAUGGCGUUAAGGGCUUCGCGAAUGGCUCGCUUGCAUUGUUCUGCUCACCCGGAUUCUCCUCUAAUCGAGGACUAUCAUGCCGGAGAUAUGAUAUGUUCCGAGUGUGGUCUGGUGGUCGGUGACCGAGUCAUCGAUGUCGGUUCCGAAUGGCGUACCUUCAACAACGACAAGAACACCAAGGAUGCCUCACGUGUCGGUGCCGCCGAAAACCCUUUGCUGGACGGCGGGGACCUGUCUACGAUGAUAGCCACUUCGUCGGGCGAUACACUGCUGGACGACAACGGCAAACCCAUGUACCACAGUCGAAGGAACCUCAGCGUAUCUGACCGAACACUGUUAACAGCUUUCCGUGAAAUCAGCCAAAUGUCCGAACGGCUCAAUCUCCCCACGAUGAUUGCCGAUCAAGCCAACACUUUGUUUAAACAGGUCCACGAGAGCAAAUCCUUGAAAGGAAGGGCGAACGAUGCGAUCGCUUCAGCAUGUAUGUACAUCGCCUGUCGACAGGAAGGGGUUCCGAGGACUUUCAAAGAAAUAUGUGCCGUUUCGAAAGUAUCCAAGAAGGAGAUCGGACGAACGUUCAAGCUGAUUCUAAAGACACUGGAGACCAAUGUUGACUUAAUUACCACCGGGGACUUCAUGUCUCGGUUCUGUUCCAGUCUAAACAUGACAAACCAAGUACAGAAAGCCGCUACUCACAUCGCCAAAACUGCUGUUGAUUUGGACCUGGUACCGGGGAAAAGCCCCGUCACUGUCGCCGCUGCCGCAAUAUAUAUGGCAUCUCAGGCCUCUGAGAACAAGAAAACCCAACGAGAAAUUAGUGUGGUGACGGGUGUGGCCGAGGUAACUAUACGGCAGUCUUAUAAACUGAUGUACCCCAGAGCACGAGAUCUAUUCCCUCCGGAAUUUAAGUUCGCUACCCCUAUAGACUUGCUACCCACCCAGUAAAACUCUUAAAACUUUAUGGCAGGACUUGGUAAAGCAAAAAAAAAAAAAAAAAAAACUUUAAAAAAAAAAAAAAGAUCUUUAUUUUGAUGUAGAAUUUUGGUUUGCUAAAAACAGUGAGAGAAUUUUUUUUUUUAAUCUAAUUUUAUUAAUAAUGAUGUGGUACAUAUAUAUAUAUAUAACGGGACUCGAAAAUAA